GAGGCUGCGCAACUAAAGUGUAAGCGAAAACAAGUACCCGAUGAGGAGCCACAGACACAAAAUACGUCAGAUCAAGAGCCAAAACCCAAGCGCAGAAAGAAUGCAACGACCAACCUGUCCAUCGCGUGGUUCGAAUGGUACACGCGGGUGCCACGCGUCUGGGACUCCGCCGACCGCCAGAAGAAGUCCGAGUUUCGCCACGUCACGGCGUUCAUGAAGCUCUUUGUGAGCGAAGGCUUCACGCUUGAACCCAAGGCGCCGGACUACAAGGAUCAAGUCCUGGACGCUGGCCGUCGGGCUGAGAAAGCCGUGCUUGCCUUCCUGAAGUCGCGCAACGUCAACGCCAAGGGAGCUGGAAGCGUCUUGCGUGCGCUGCACCCACUCCACAAGAAUGGCGUCUUGGACGAGCGCAUUGCCGCAUACAAGACGCUACGCGCUGUCGGUAGAAUUGUUGAUCCUGCGCCUACAGAGACACAAGACGUCUUAGCCACUGUAGGUCACGUCUAA